CUCAGGAGGAAGCUCCUGACCAAAUCGGGAUGUUUUCUCGGUCGGGUAAAUAUACCAGUACCAAACAUCUAUCCUUUGUUACGCCGAAGAAGGUGGGGGGAGAGAGUGGAGGGGAACAGGGAGAGGAGAUUAUUCCAGAGUUGAGAAAUAAGGUCUAUGAGGAAGCGGUGAAGGAGCUUGGAGGGCAGAGGAUGGCUGGGGAGAGUAGUUUUGAGCGAAAAACUACUGAAACGUUUAAACAGGCUAAAGCAUCACCUCUUUUGUUAGAAGAUUCUUCUUUCAAAGCAAUCUCAAGAAUGCAGAGGCAAAAAAUUCUUGACUCAAAAGAUAUUUCAGUUCCAGUGGGCCAUUACAGACCAAAUUUAAACUACAACCUCAAAACCAGACAUACAGAAAUCUUAAAGCAUCGUGAGAAAACCAAGGCUAAACCCAAAAAAAUCUUUUUGUCAAUGUGAGAUAGAAUUCUUCGAUCUCUUCAGCACAAAGAGCCAGGAAGCAGAGGCAAAAGAAACACUAAUCUACGAAGAAAACUUAACGAACUGAAGAAAGGAAGCAAUAGAGAGAAAAUAGGUUCUAGAUUUUAUAACUCCUUUGCAGAAGAAAGCUCUAAAUUUAUCAGUUCUACAACCAAUCCUCAAUGGGCUGAUGAUAUUUCUCCUGAGAGGAGACUCGCUAAACCAAUGAAUUUAUCACUUGCUAAAAGACAGAGUUCAAUAAAAUUUGAAUCUGACCUUUCUUUGAUUAAUGAUGAUAUUUCUAAUAGAAAAUUAUCGACGAUGAAGACUCUCAAACCUGAUGAUGAAAAAAACAAACAAAACUCUAAGGAGCAAGAAGAAGGCUCUAGAGGGAACUCUCAAAUUCCGAAAGGCAAAUCUAUACUAAAAAUGCCAAUAAUUUAUAACAAAAAGCUUGCAGAUAAGCGUUUUUCUUAUAAAAAUUCUCUGGCUACUCACAAGGCUGCUUCUGAUAAAGAAAAAUUAUAUCAUAUUAUUAAGAAGAAAGACCAUGAAGGAAAUCUUGAGAUUGUUCCUAGUUUUGAAGUGAAGAAAGAAGACAGAAAAAAAAUCAAUGCAAAUCAUUCUUUUGCCAGUGCCAUUGGUAGGGAAGAAGCGAACUAUUUACAGCAGAAACUUCAUCUUCAUGAGGGAAGAUUAGAAAAAUUCGACCCAAAAUAUCAAACUCAAAUCAAACAAGUUCCUUCUAUGUAUUUUGAUAGGAUGAAAGGCAGAAGUGAAGUUUUUGAAUCUACAAGUAUCACUCCUAACUGCUAUGAUUACUUCGAUAGUACAUUUAAUCAUCAGAAGCUUAACAAAUCACUGAGUAGUAUUACAGGAGAUGUGGACUUUAAAAGGCAAAGCUAUAGGAAACCAUCAAACUCUAUCUACAGACAUAAAAGAGACCAAUCUCCUGAGUUCUAUAGCUAUUCUUUAGAUUCAGUCUCUCCUUCUACGAGAAGCUUGGAUUGGAGCAAACAAUCAUCAAGAGAGAAAAAGAUUCAGAAGAGAAAAGAGAGAAAAGUAUUGACUCUGUAUUACACGACUGAAAUGAGUCUGAAAGACCCCAAAAAAUAAGAUCAA